AUGGAGGGAAGCAGCUCCUGCAAGGUUGCCUGCGGGGCUGCUGAUACCGAGAGCGGCGCUGGGCUGGCUAGGAGCAAGCCUGCAUCCCCCUCCAGGGAGGCUCACGAGGGGGUCAAGGGGGUCAUCCUCCCUUCUUCAGCAAUUUUAGACUUGAGUCAAAGUGGUUGCCAUUUAGGAGAGAUCUUUAAAGUUCUCAGCCUCAGACAAUUGCACCUUCAGCAGAACGCCCUCUGCACAACUCCUAAACACUUCUUUCAGUGGCUGCCAAACCUCACCUGGCUGGACCUCCGCUCUAAUAGGAUCACAGCACUUCCUUCUGGGAUCGGCUGUCACAAGCCUUUGAAAACUUUGCUUUUAGAAAGAAAUCCUAUCAAAAUGUUACCUGUGGAGCUGGUUAAAAAGAUGACCGUAAGUGACCUGCCACAUCCCCUGUUGGAUUUAUCCGAAGAGCGUGUGCCUAACAAAGAAACCAUUCAUUCUCAGGAGGCAAAGGGAACCAUGUUAACAGAAAAGGCAGACUUUUUCCCACCUGUGGAAAACCUAGACCCGUGUGAGUGCAGAAGGUCCACCGAGCCUCCGGAGGACUGGCCGAGCGAGGAGGAGAUCAGGCGCUUUUGGAAGCUGAGGCAGGAGAUCGUGGAGAACGAGCGAGCAGAGGUUCUUGAGAGCCAGCGCCUGCUGGUGGAGCUGCCCCCAGCCCUCAGGGCGGUGCUGAGUGACCAGGAGAAGCGGCGACCCCGCCCGAGACCCGUCUUCAGGAUGAGGACGCCCUCCUUCAAGAGCGUACUGCCCGAGAUGGCCCCGUGGCAGCGGGCCCUGGGCCGCACCGGCCGGCCGGAAGAGAGCAUCGGCCCCGGUGGAGCGGCGCAGGAGCCCCGCCAACUGCCUGUCACCACCGCGCUCUGGGCCCGCGAGGCCGGCUGGCGUGGACGGCGCCCUCCACCUUCUGGUUGUGUUCGGCCGGGGGGGGGCUCCGGCGGGAGGCAGGUCCCACUGCUGCCCGGCUGUGGAGGCUCAGCACUGGCCCCCCCACCCUCCUUGCUAAGCACCUCUGUCUCCGAGGCUCAGCUGCCCCCGCAGCCGCUGUCCUCACCCUCUGGCUCGGUGGCGCCUGGCUGGGGACCUCAGGAGGCCGGGUGGGACGUGCCCCUCCCCCCAGGUCGGGCUCCCCGGUGCCCAGCGUGCCGCCCGCCUUCGCUGAGGGCGGCUCUCAAAUCAAAGGGCGAGCAGCAGCUCUCUCCCUGGUUCCUGUGCCGCGGGCCCCGAGACCACGUUCGAGACAGGCGAGCCUUGCAGGAGUGGAGGGAGCUGGCCCAGAGGGUGAAGAGGAGGAGGGAGGGGCUCAGCCGCCUCCCGACCCCACGGAGGAACCUGAUGGCAUCCAAGAUUCCCUUUGCCACUGACCUGAUAGGUAAUGAGAUGCCGAUGCGUUCGCCUGGGAAACUGAAACAAAGAAAAGAGAAGUCAUUGCAAGCAAGUCAGGAAAUGAGUGCCUUCCGAGAGGAGAAUUUAGAGGAAAAGCUGAAACGGCACAUCCAGCAAUUGCAGGAACGAAGAAGCAGAUUCCGAAGGUCGGCACCUCUCGAGGAGAUAGGGAGGGCCACGCAGGACUUGGAAAUUGCCAGGAGGCUGCAGGAUGAAGUCAUGAAACUAAAACUGAGGUCGACCUUGAACAGAAACCGUCAACGUGCAGCUCUCCCUGGAAGCCUUGCGCUUGGCCCGACUUUGUUGCAGCCUCAGAAUAUAUUUUUUAACACGAACUAUUAA